AUGUCUGACCAAGAGCUUCUACUGGAGUUAGAGGAGCUAGAACAACAAGAAGAACCAGAAGAACCAGAUAAACCAGAGUACAGGAUUGUGCUUCUUGGAAAAACUGGAGUUGGAAAGAACAAAAUUGGAGAUGCCAUUUUAGGAAAUAAUAGAAAUGGUUUUGAGUCAACAUCAUCUUUAGAGUUUCAGAAGAAAACACAAGAGUUUGGGGGUCAGAUCCUGACUGUAGUUGUCACUCCAGAUCAGUUUGAGAACAGACUGACUGACGUGGAUGUGAGGAGAGAAAUCCAUAGAUGCAUCUCCUUUGCUGCUCCUGGUCCCCAUGUGUUCCUGGUUGUGUUUCAGACUGGCAGCUUCACAGAAGAAGAUAAAGAAAUAGUGAGAAAAAUUCAGCAGAUGUUUGGAGAAAAAGCGGCACAUUAUAGUAUGGUCUUAUUCACCUGUGGAGAUGAUCCAGAGGCAGCCAGUGUUACCAUAGAGGAAUUUAUUAGUAAUAAUCCACCUCUGGGUAACUUCAUCAGUCAGUGUGGAGGAAAAUAUCACGUGUUUAACAACAGAAAGGAGGAUCCCGCUCAGGUCAGAGAGUUACUGCAGGAGAUCAACAACAUGGUUCACAGAAAUGAAGGAAGCUACUACACCAGUGAGAUGUUCAGACAGGCUGACUUCAGGAUUGUGCUUGUCGGGAAAACUGGUGUUGGGAAAAGUGCAUCAGGAAACACCAUCUUAGGACAAAAAGUAUUUAUGUCUACACCAAAUGCUUCCACAGCAACAGCAAAGUGUCAGAUGGACACAGGUCAGUUUGAUGGUCAAAUCCUGGCUGUAGUUGAUACUCCAGGUCUGUUUGAUACCAAUAAGACAGAAGAGGAGGUCAAGACAGAGAUCAGUAGAUCCAUCCCCUUUGCUGCUCCUGGUCCUCAUGUGUUCCUGGUUGUGAUUCAGGUAAACAGAUUCACAGAAGAAAAACAAAAGACAGUCAGGCAGAUUCAGAAUGUGUUUGGAGGAGAAGCAGCACGGUACACUAUGGUCCUGUUCACCCGUGGAGAUAAUCUGGAGUAUGAUGCAGUCACAAUAGAAACAUUCAUAAAAAAUCCAGCUCUCAGUGAGUUCAUCCGUCAGUGUCAUGGAAGAUAUCAUGUUUUUAACAACAGAAGUGAAGACCCUGCUCAGGUCAGAGAGCUCCUGGAGAAGAUAAAGGACAUGGUUCGGGAUAAUAAAGGAAGUUACUACACCAAUGAGAUGUUUGAAAAGGCAGAGAGAGCAUUUAAAAAAGUGGAACCAGACCUCAGGAUUGUUCUUGUGGGAAAAACCAGAGCUGGGAAGAGUGCAGCAGGAAACACCAUCUUAGAGGGAAAUGUAUUCAGAUCAACAUCAUCUUCUUCCCCAGAGACAUUAGAGUGUCAGAAGGAAACAGCUCCAUUCGACUUUCAAAAACUGGCUGUAGUUGAUACUCCAGGCCUGUUUCACACCGUGUUCACCUUAGACCAGAUCAACAAAGAGAUCAAUAGAUGCAUCUCAUUGGCUGCUCCUGGUCCUCAUGUGUUCCUGAUUGUGGUCAAUCUAAAAGAGUUUGAAGAUAAAGAACAAGAAACAGUGAGAAUCCUUCAGAAUGUGUUUGGAGACAAAGCAGCUUGUUACACCAUGGUGUUGUUCACCCAUGUAGGUGAUCUGAAGGUCUCCAUAAAGCAACGUAUCAUUGAAACUCCAGGUCUCAGUGAGUUCAUCGAUCAGUGUGGAGAAAGAUAUCAUGUUUUUAACAACAGAAGCAGAAAUCCUGUUCAGGUCAGAGAGCUGGUGGAGAAGAUCAACACCAUGGUUAAGGUUAAUGGAGGAAGCUACUACAGCAAUCAGAUGUUUGAGAAGGCAGAGGAGGCCAUAAAGAAAGAGGUGGAACGACUAAUAAUGAAAGAAAAUAUGACACCAGAAGAAGCAACAUACAAAGCAGAACGGAAAAAUAAGUUUAUUCAAGACAGCAAGGUUGCAAUUCUUAUAGGAUCUGCUCUUGGACUGGGUCUUGGAGUUGGUGCUGGAAUUGGUAUUCCAGCUUUUUUCACAGCUGCUGCUACUGGAGCUACAGUUGGACUUGUAGGAGGUCCAGUGGGAGCUGCAGUAGGAGCUACAGUUGGAAUUGUAGCUUCGGUGGGAGCUGCAACAGGAGGUUUAGUAGGGUCUUCAGUGGGAGCUGGAGUUCAUUAUAUUCCUGCAGCUAAAAUAAAAAAGAAGGCUUGUGUCCUGCAGUGA